AUGGCGCCUUCAGGUAAGAAGUUGCUGGUGGCAUCAGCCAACUCGUCUUCCCUUGCGCAUUUCUUGGUUGUGAGCAGUGCUUGCAUCUUCUUCUUGUCACCAUGGCAGCAACGCACUGGUGCGAAUGCGGAGGAGAUCCGCAGUGUGCUGCCACCACGCAGUGAUAAGCUGGUGGAGAACAUUCCUACGCCCCGCAACAACACGGCUCCUUCAUUGUGUGAUGAAAACUUCCUUGACCACAGUAAGAACACGACCAGUAACAAUUCAUCCAACUACUAUGAUGAUGAUGAUGAUGAUGAUAAGAAUGGAAACUACACUGGAGGCAACAAUUCUUCCUGGCAUCCUUGUUUUGGUAAUGUCACUUCCGCCGACCCAAAGGCAACCCUAGUAGUAGGGAGGGGAGACUCGGCAGCUGCAACGGCAUUAUCGCCCACUAAGAGCCCAACCAGAAACCCAACAGCCAGACCAACCAAUGAGCCAACAAGGGAGCCAACACGGAGGCCAAACAGGAGGCCAACACGGAGGCCAACUGCUGAUCCAACGAGGAGGUCAACUGCUGAACCCACCUCCUGGCCAUUUUCACCUGGCGAAGGUGGUUAUCCCACACUUUUCCCAUUCCGCCGCGACCUGUUCUUGGCCCAGCAAGGCGUGCUUGUUGAUGAUGAUGAUGAUGAUGAACAUUUUGAAAAGGGCUAA